AUGACAAGGACUGUGCAACAGCAAAAUCUAUUUGUUCAUCUCGGCUUUAAUGGCCUAUUUAUCGAAAUUUUUCUUGCGACUAUUCAUUUUUUCCAAAAAAACAAACAGUAUGCGGUUACCAUCGCGGUCUCCUCUCGCACCCUAUUCAACAUGGAUGUGGAGCAGAAGAUCUAUGAGGAAGAGGGGCUCGAAAAGUAUGGGGCCUAUCAACAGGAGCAUGAGACUGAGCCUUUUAAGCAAGGGGUAGCGUUUCCUCUAGUGAAGGCUAUGAUGACAGUGAACUCCAGACUGAGAAACCUCUACCCGGACAGUAAGGAGCUGUUUGACAUUGUCCUGAUGACUAAUAACCACGCCCAAGUCGGUGUCCGUCUCAUCCACAGUAUUACCCACUACGAUUUGACCAUUGAGCGAUUCUGUAUGACUGGAGGACAGAGCCCCAUUGGCUAUUUGAAGGCCUACUUGACCAACCUGUACCUCUCCAAGGAUGGAGACAAGGUCAGAGAGGCCAUUGAGGAGGGCAUUGCAGCAGCGACCAUGUUCACGUCUGGAAAUUUGGAGAACCAGCUGUCGGACACACAGCUGAAAGUGGCCUUUGACGGAGACGGAGUCCUCUUCUCUGAUGAGUCAGAGAACAUUUUCAAAAAACAUGGCCUGGACAAGUUCAAUGAAAAUGAGAUGGAGUUGGAGGACACACCUCUAGCACAGGGUCCCUUGAAAUGUUUCCUAGAGGCACUGGUAAAGCUCCAGAAAAAGUUUUACGCCAAGAACGAGCGCAUGACCUGUCCAAUCCGUACGUACCUAGUAACAUCCGGCAGCGCAACCAGCGCAGGGGCUCGCGUCCUCAAAACCCUCAGAAGCUGGGGCCUGGAGAUUGACGAGGCCCUUUUCCUGGCAGGGGCCCCUAAAGGACCCAUCCUUGAGAUGAUCCGCCCUCACAUCUUCUUUGAUGACCAGAUGAUCCACAUCGAGGGGGCCAAAGAGCUGGGGACCAUUGCUGCAUACGUGCCUCAUGGGUUCCCAGAAAUGUAAACUUACUGAGCAGCCGACCAAAGAUGCUAAGUAGUAAGACCUAAAGGUGGGAAAGGAUCAAUAUGUCGUGCAUUUCCUUAGUUUUCCACAACCCUGACAUCAGUUGUAGAAUUCAUUGUGUUUCAAUGGCGAAUGUUUUAUUUUUUUAUGGUUUUUUGGUCCUCACUUUGCCAUAUAGAUUGACUAAAAAGAC